CAAGUUGCAAAAUUUUAGACACUUGAUAAAUACCUGCUAAUCUAAAACAUAUGAACUAUCUCUCAUGUAUUGAAGUUCUAGCUUCUUUUUCCAUCUUCCAUUACCUGAAUAUUUUAUAUUUUACUAAUAUGCAGGGUGGACUUGUGUACUCAAAUAAAGUUGUUAUGGUGCAAUCUAUUUAUUCAAAAGAAAGGAUCAUUAAUAGUUUCAGUCACGGAUUAGAACCUACCUUAGCAAUUCACAAGGACAAGUUGCUUAUUUCUCCUUGUGGAUUUGAUAACUCCAUCUGGGAUCCUUCAAAGGACAAAUUUCUUCCAAAAAAUUAUAGUGCAGAUGACCUAAAGGGGAAAUCCAUUUGCAAAGUUGCAUUGCAGCAGCAGCUGGGGUUAUCCAAAAAUUCAUCUACUGUUCUUGUAGGAUGCAUCUCUACAGAAUCUUUGGAUUUUGAUCUGAAUAACCAGAAGGCUGUUUGGAAUGCUACACAAAAGAAUGUCCAGUUCAUCUUCAUGGGAAGCAAAGCGACAAACACAGAUGGAGCACUGGAAUAUCUUAAGAAAGAACUAAAGGUAGAGGGUACAAUCAUA